AAGGCGACUCUGGCCUCUCUCUACGGUGCAUACCUGGGCAUUCUUAACUCUGGGUGCAUAGGAACAUCAACGUCUGCUUCCGUCCAAUCGGCACCUUUUGUCACUCAUGCCGCACUCCGUCCCCGUGCCCCCCACGGGCUUCCAGGCCCUCAUCUUGUGUGGCCCGGGAGUGUCCCUCAAUACAUUUACGUCCAACCCCGAAGAGUUCCCGAAGGCUCUUAUUCCGAUUGCGAAUCGUCCUAUGGUGUGGUAUCCGCUGGACUGGUGCUAUCGGAUGGGAAUUACCAACAUCACAUUGGUUACCCCCCCGGCAAGCCAGACACCACUAGAAGCAGCUCUUUCGCAAAAUCCCCAUCUCACAUCUCUCCCAUCUCCUUCUCCGUCGGUCCUUGCUCCGCGCGACCUGACCCUGACAACGGGAACUUCCGAGCUGCUCCGUCUGCCAGAAGUCCAGGCAUGCAUCAAAUCCGACUUCAUUCUACUCCCUUGUGACUUGAUCUGUGAUAUACCUGGUGAAUCCCUUUUGGAGGCAUGGAUGGUCCAUGAAGGUGCUCUAGACGGCUCGACUAUUCGGGAAGGCCGUAAACAGCUCCGACCAACGACCCCGGGAACAAGUGGAGAGCACGGAGGUCGAAGAGGGGGUCUAGGGGUAUGGUACCAGACUCAAGGAAGGGAAGAAAGCGUCAAGGGUGAAGUCACGGACUUUGUGGCUACCACUCCCCUCGAGCAGGAUGAGGCUCCUGCAGUGCGCUAUUCGAAGGACGGCCCGGCCGCAUUGAGGUUUGAGUUGUCGAAACUCGUCCUCGCUAUGCCAAUGGACACGCUAAAGGAAAAAAUGGAAACGCAGAAGGGCUUGCUUGUUCGGCAUUCGCUUGUGAAACGGCAUUCACAGGUGAAGAUGUUGACAAGCUAUAGGGACGCCCACAUCUAUAUCUUCCCAUACUGGGUCAAGGAGAUGGCAAGGCUGAACGAAAAAUUCCAAAGCGUCAGUGAAGAUCUCGUCGGCUGGUGGGCAAAAUCCGAGUGGCAGCGGGGUCUGGGAGACAAGCUGAGACUGAGGGAGAUAUUCGAGCAAACGGAGGGGACUCGCGGAGGAGAUUCAGGCAGUCUCGACGGCGAACCCCUUGAAGAAGAGAUCGACAUUCAAGCCAUGAGCACGACAAAGUCCGGAGUUUUACCCACAGACUAUUCAGCCACAUCAAACCUCCGCCUCGCAUCACGAGUCAGGGCCCCCGGCAUUGAAACCGCGGAACUUGAACAGACGCCUCUUACCAUCCCCCCAAUAUUGGCAUAUGUACAUUCCUCGAAGCCAUCCGCACCCCUAGUGAGACGUGUCGAUAGCUCCACCCUCCUCCUAUCCGUAUCCCUGCGCCUCGCUAAACUCGAAUCCAUCGAAGAGCUCGGCCGUCAAGCCGCGUCACCGUUCGCUCACUCCCAGAAAAUUGCAUACCCCGCGGGCGUGGCUCAGCGAUGCACCGUUACCAGGGCCGAUUGCCUCCUAGCAGACAACGUCACCGUUGAAGAGAAGUGUGUGAUCAAGGAAUCCGUCAUCGGCGCAAACUCCCACAUCGCCAGCGGCGCACGGUUGACGCGUUGUCUCGUCAUGGAUGGCGCGGUGGUCGGCGAACGCUGCCAACUCACCGGCUGCAUUAUUGGGCGACGCAGCAAGAUAGGUCGGGAGUGUGUUCUCAAAGAAUGCGAGGUCCAGGAUGGGAACGUCGUCCCCGAUGAGACGGAUGCGAAGAACGAAAAGUUCAUGAUCUUCGAGGGGCUGGACAAGGAGGAAGGUAGCGAGGGUAUGGAUGUCAGUGAGGAUUUCCGUAGUGAUGGUGAUGAUCUCGGGUUUUGAGUGUAGAAAACGGAAGAAUAAAAGUGAUACACGUAUGGUAUCUUUUCUGAAGAGUGGCCGUGAUCCUCGGACGCUAUGGAAUGAGUAUCUGUAGACAUUAGGACUACGCAUGAUUCCAGGUAGAUCUACAAGAUAUUCUCUUACUCCAACUCAAAAGGAUGCAUGCAAAGCGUCAAC